AUGACCGCCGGUCUCAAAACAAUCAUCGCCCUCUCCUUCGUCCUCGCCGUAGGCUUCCUCCUCGUCAUCCUCUCCUGCGCCCUCUGGAAGGUCUACUACCCCCUCCUCGUCGUCGCCACCUACGUCCUCGCGCCAGUACCGAACUGGAUCUGUAGUCACUGUGCGAAUCCGGAUGACUACGAGAGCUCGAGUUCGGCGAUUCUCGAUUUGGGGAAGUUUUGUACCGGCUUUUUGGUAGUGAUGGGAAUGGCUCUUCCCGUCGUGUUGGCGCAUGCGGGCUUGAUUCAGGUUGAGGCUAUGAUCAUGUCGAUAACCGGCGGCCUGCUCAUCUACGGUACCAUUAUCUCCUUCGGCAUGUUCUUCCAAGAGGAACAGGACUUCUAA